UACUUGUUCAAUCUUGUUUUAAGGUAGAUUUGUUCAAGAAAAGAACAGCAGAAGGAUACUUGUACAAGCUACAAUCUUGUUGAACAGUCCAUCAUUGCAUGCAUCUCCCCGAAACUGAUUAGUUGACUUUCGAAACUUAUAUAAAAAUCAGAACAUAUAUUUUUCUUCUCCAAUUUAAACCAAGGAGCAUAGGCAAUUAGGCAUAUGGCUAUUCGUAACUUCUUCGUUUUCGUUUUCCUUUUCCUCUCUAUAGUGCAUGCUCAAAACAAUUGUCCACCUUCCUACUGUAACAACAAUAGCCAGGCCAUAAGGUUCCCAUUCUGGUUACAAGGUCGGCAACUGCCCUCAAACUGUCAACCAAUUGGGUUCAACCUAAGUUGCAAUGACCAGAGUAAAGCAAUCUUAAACAUUCCUCGUGCUGGAGAUUUUUAUGUAAGUUAUAUCAACUACAAUCUUAACAGAAUUACGCUCAGCGAUCCCGAUAAUUGCCUCCCGAGGAAAUUUUUGAGCUCGAAUCUUUCGUAUUCUCCGUUCAUGGCUGUUUCCUAUCAGAAUUACACCUAUCACAGCUGUCCUAAAGGCCUGGGUAUUAAUGAUAUAUAUAUUGUUCAUUGCCUCAGCAACGCCACCACCGAUAUCUCGGUUAUAAAGAAUGAGGUAGCUGCAGUGAUAUUACCCAAUUGCAAGAAAAUGGUCACGGUACCAAUACCAGUUUCAUAUUUGUACGGGUAUACGUUUCCAGUCAAUUUGGUUCUAAGAUGGGAUGAUGUCCCUGCAACUCCAACGGGUAAGGAUCUUCUACUAAUUUGCAUUUCACAUACCAUUUAUCGUGAUCAUUAUUCAUGAGGCUUUCGGUUGAGAUUAAAAGUAUCUGUCACAGUAAUUGAAUCAAAGUAUUCUUGAUGAUGACAGCACAAAUGCAGAAUAAAGAUUAACUACGAAUAUAUGACGAGGAAUGCUAAUAUAUUCAGCAAGAGCAAUAUAAUAAACACAUUUGACAAAGCCAAUGUCAACUAAACUUUAUAUUAUCAUAUACUAACACGGUCAACCAAGGAUACUUCUGCUCUAUUUCCCACUUCCUUCAUUGCUAAAAUAAAUGCAGGUGCAGAAAGUAAAGAAACUGUUUCUAGAAACGUUUCCUCGUCAUUGCUCAUAGGAGCCCUGAUUGUACCGGUAGUGAUAAUAGGCACAUCGUGCUGCAUAUGCAUGAUGUUAUGCGGCAAUCCUCGGGACAGUGGUUCAGACCAAACUUCCGGAACAGCUGGUUUAUCAAACACGGUGACACCAGGGCUAUCCACCAUUGAAACCUACAAAAAGGUCACAAUUGGUGAAAGUCGUCGGGUUGAAGGACCGAAUGGUGUAACCUGUGCAAUAUGCCUAGCAG